UCGCCAGCUCCAGUGUCACUUGGCCCGCGUACGGUGAUGUCGCGCGAAUGGGCGGUACUGGCUGGGCGCUUGGUGAGGCGCGGGUUGCUGACGACUCUGACUUCGAGACGCUGAAGAACCUCCUCGCUUCGGAGGACGGCUGGAACGUGGAGUAUGAGCGAGACGGCGUCAAAGUGUGGACGGAAGACGCUGCCCAUGGCGCGCUCAGGACCGUCAAGGUGGUCGCUGAGUUUGAAGACGUGGAGCCAGACGCUCUGUAUGACGUGCUCCACGACCCUGAAUACCGGUCCGUGUGGGACACGCACAUGCUGGCGGCGGAGGAUGCCGGCCACAUCAAUGUUAACAACGACGUCGGAUAUUAUGCGAUGUCAUGCCCAGCGCCCCUUAAGAAUCGCGACUUCGUGCUGCAGCGCUCGUGGCUGGAUACAGGCGAGGAGAAGAUGAUCCUCAACCACUCAGUAUACCACAAGGAUUACCCGCCCAGGAAGGGCUACGUUCGGGCCCUUUCCUUGUUGACGGGAUUCGUGGUUCGGACCCGCAGCGGGCCGGGCAGUUGGCUCGGAUACGUGUCACGUUCGGAUCCGCGAGGCGCGUUACCAGCUUGGCUAGUAAAUAGAGUAACUGCCCAAUUGGCACCUCGUUUAGUGCAUCAGCUCCAAGCAGCCGCCAGGCGCUACCCGGGGUGGAAGGCGCUCACUGACUAUCCUUACCAUAAGCCCUGGAGACACCCUGAACAAGUACCUUCUUAUCGGAUUAAACUCGAAGAUUGUAUAGAUCCAGACGCACCAACACCAUCUCCCCAACCUGAACCAAAACCAAACACUUCCAAGAAACUCUCGAUCCCUCAAGUCCAAGUGAAAGAAGUCGAGAGCCAAAGCGUCGAGGACCUAGGAGACAUAUCAUCAGAAUUCAGCGUCGAAGUCGAAGAACUAUCAGAACUAACUCUGGAUAGCACUAAGAAAAAGGGCAAGUUCUAUAAGCUAGUGAAAUCCAUGAAGAACAGGCGAAAAAGCGUCCAAAUCGCUAAGAGCGCUGAUAAUCUCGUCGACGGGAAACCAGAAGAGAAACAAGAAAAGAAAAAGCCCUUUAAAUUCCACCGUAGAUUCAGUUUCAGUAGAGGCAGAGAGGAUUGAAAUAACGUAGUUUUAAUGGUUGACUAAUAAUAGAAAAGAUGAUGAAAUUAGUUUUAAUGACGUGAGCUGUUAAAAGGCAUGUUGGAUAUAUAGACUGUAAUGUGGUACCGAAUUCAAGAUCAAAGAAUUUUUCAAAAUUUAUAUCAACCGUAAAGGUAAGAGACGUUGGUUGCUGUUUGAUCGCUUUCGUAUAUGAUCAUUAAGAAAUUAAUUAAAUGAAUAUGAAAUGCAUCUUUCUGAUUUCUCAAAAAGAACUUUACAUCUCAUGUUAUUG